GUUUGACAAGUUUUUAUUUACAACUUUUUUGCCGAUCAAUAAAAUCUUAAAUUUAAUAAUAUCUCCUUAAAUAUGUCAAUGUUCUCCAAUAGAUUCUUAUGGAAGGCAAGCGUUUAUAUAGCAGUUGGUGGAAUGACAUCCGUUAUGCUUAUGAGAAGCUUGCUUAAAGAAAGAGUGAGACAGACUGAGUAUUUCAGAGAUUCCAUGAAGGUAUUAAGGACACACGAAGGCUGCAAAUACCUCCUUGGAGAACCAAUAAAAGAAGUAGGACUAGAUGUAGGUGAUCCGAAUUACGCAAACAACACAGAAGCCCAUUUUGAAGUUAAAGUGAAAGGACCACAAAAUAAGGGAACUAUGUACUUCUGGGCUGACAGACCAUCUGACAAAGAUAAAUGGCAAAUCCGUCGUUUAGAAUUAGAACUCCAAAAUGACGAUAAAAGAUUAGUUGUAAUUAAGCCUGAAGAUAGUCAAACUGUAGUAUUCGAGUAAGCUUGAUUUAUUGAGUUAUAAGAAAAAUUAUUAAAAUUGGUGCUUAGCUUUUAAAGCUUAAUAAAAGUUUUGGCAGGGGGU